AUGGAUACUGCAGGACAAAGGCACAAGAACAGAGGAAUCUUCCUCCUCAGCCAACUCUCCAUCAUCGACAUGAUGUACAUCUCCACCACUGUGCCCAAGAUGGCAGCUAACUUCCUGUCAAACACCAAGACCAUUUCCUUUCUGGGCUGUGAGAUCCAAGCCUUUGUGUUUCUUAGCCUGGGUGGAUCUGAAGCCCAGGACAUGCUGGGCUUCAUGUCCUAUGACAGGUAUAUAGCCAUCUGCCAGCCCCUGCACUACCCUGUGCUCAUGAGCAGGAAGAUCUGCUGCUCCAUGGUCGUCUGUGCCUGGAGCAGCAGUUCCAUCAACGCUUUGGUGCACACGCUGUAUGCUUUUCAGCUUCCGUUCUGUGGAUCUCGGGUGGUUAACCACUUUUUCUGUGAGGUUCCAUCUCUCCUGCCACUUGUGUGUGAAGACACAUCCCAAUAUGAGCACACAAUCCUCAUGAGUGCCCUGGUCAUUCUGCUGCUACCCUUCCUGGCCAUUCUCGCUUCCUAUGCUCGGGUGUUGGCUGUUGUAUUCCAGAUGAGCUCAGGGAAGGGACAGAGUAGGGCUGUGUCCACGUGCUCCUCCCACCUGACUGUGGCCAGCCUGUUCUAUGCCACCACUCUCUCCACUUACACCCAGCCACACUCCCUGCAUUCUCCUGCAAGGGACAAGGUGGUGGCUGUGCUUUACUCAAUCGUCACUCCAGUUCUGAACCCAUUCAUCUACAGCCUACAUAACAAGGAAGUCAUGGGGGCCCUGAGGAGACAGAUGGGAUGA